AUGGCAGGCCGAAUAGGACGAAGCGAGCGGGACGAGCACAUAGAGUGGGAGGCGCUGGAUACACAUAGAGUGGAAGGUGCGGGCAUUGUAAUCAGCGCGGCCAUGGCAGGACAAAAAGUGCGUGCUGGAGGUGAGGGCAGGGCAACUAUUAGUGAGAGGAACAUACAGAGUGGAAAAGAAGUAAAAAGACUGAAUGAGAGGGGGAGGGAGUACUUGACUGGUCAGCCGAAUAGAAAAACCGGUAUCUGUGAUUCGGACAUCUUCGUCAUAUCCGGAGGUCCGGGACCGGAUGUGCGAAUUUGUGGAAUGAACAACGGGCAACACAUUUAUUAUGACAUUGAUACUGUUCAAGAUCCCAUCAAGAUCAUGAUAAACAUGAGUCAACCAAAUAUUGGUAGAUUUUGGGAGAUUAAGAUCACGCAACUGGAAUUUCAGCAAAGGGCACCUUCAGGCUGCCUGCAAUAUCACAGAGAAGCGUCAGGUAUAAUCCAGACAAUGAACUUCGCAGUAAAUGGUCGUCAUCUUGCAAAUCAGGACUACAAAAUCUGCAUGCGACAAGAGAUG